AUUUAAAGCUGUCAAUACUGUCUUCAGUCAGAUCGGAAGUGUAUGGAUUUAGCUUCGGGGCAUUGAAAAUCUCAAAUACUAUAUCAUUUUUUAAAAAAGCUGUCGUCGAAAAUAUUACUCCAUUGCGUGAGAAAACUGUCAGUGUUAUUUUUAUAGCUACAGCUGUCAUUUAGUUCACCGCUCUUUUAUUCCUUCUCUGUCAUGUUAAGCUGCAUGCUAACUUGGGGAGCUAAUGCAUGCUAUCUAACUGAUGCUUUAGCUUAAGUCAUUGAGUGAAAAGCUCUGCUCAUUCUUGUAUCCUGCACGUAUUGUUACAACACGAGCUGCUGCGAAUGAAAGCUUUUUCCUACAGGUUUUUUCAUUAAAUUUGCUACCUUCUGUAUCAACAUGAGUGAUCCUUGGCAGGAAUGUAUGGACCUUUGCAUAGAGGUGACAAAACAAGCUGGGAAGAUGAUCUGUGAGGCACUACAGAAGGACAUAGCUGUCAUGCAGAAGAGCUCACCGGUUGACCUGGUGACCGAGACUGACCAGAAAGUGGAGCAGCUCAUUAUAUCGUCCAUCAAGGAAAAGUACCCCACACACAGCUUCAUAGGUGAGGAGUCAGUAGCAGCAGGAGCCCCCAGUGUUCUAACCAACAAUCCCACAUGGAUCAUCGACCCCAUCGAUGGUACCACAAACUUUGUUCACAGGUUUCCCUUUGUGUCCGUAUCAAUCGGUUUUGCGGUGAACAAAGAGAUAGAGUUUGGGAUUGUCUACAGCUGCAUUGAGGACAAAAUGUACACCGCACGAAAAGGAAAGGGAGCGUUCUGCAAUGGAGCCCCGAUCAAAGUGUCUGGACAAGAAGAUAUUACCCAAUCUAUGGUGCUGACAGAAAUGGGUUUCAAGAACAAUCCUGAGCACUUUAAAACAAUGUUGGCCAACAUCAAGACCAUCCUUGCCAUCCCUGUUCAUGGAAUCCGCUCUCCUGGCAGCGCAGCUGUCAACAUGUGCCUGGUAGCGUGCGGCUCAGCUGACGCUUACUACCACAUGGGCAUCCACUGCUGGGAUAUGGCCGGAGGGGCGGCGGUUGUUACUGAAGCUGGAGGAGUCAUCAUGGACAUCUCAGGUGGACCAUUUGAUCUGAUGUCUCGCAGGCUGAUCGUAGCCAGCAGCAGGGCGAUAGCUGAGCGCAUUGCCAAAGGGAUAGCAGAGUUUGAUGUCGGCAGGGACGACACAGACAGCUAGUAAACGUCGCUGCUUUUCUCUGCUUCCUCAAGUCACGUGACCACCCUUAGCUGUUUUCUUCCCAACAGGUCUCACGUCCAUUUUUGCCUUAAGAACUAAAAAAGUUGCAAUUACAACUGAGGAACAAUGAACAAGCUUGUUAAAUAUUAAUGUUUUAAGUCUUCUUUUUAAGUGUAUUUCAGCGCUCUGACAUUUCGAUCCUUUUGUGUUGUACCAUGUUUGAUUAGAUGAGGUUUUACUCUGUUGUUUUGAAUCACUCAGCCAUUUAUUUACUUUUUACUAAAGGAACAAGAUAAAGUAGUCUCACUGAUAAAAUACCUCAAGGCAGCACUGAAGAUUGUAAUUUUAAAUUAAGCAGUUUUAAAAACAAUGUAAUUGUGGAAAAUAAUUAGUACUGUACAUGGUGAUUAAUGCAAGUAUAUGUUCACCAGUUAAUGAGUACAUAGAAGUACUGUGCUGCAUAACAGCUUCUUUUCAAAUCUUAAAUAAAAUAUAAAGAUGUUGGGGAAAGGAUAAAAAAAAGUGUCAAGGAUGCAUGUUUGAUGUGUUAUUUUAAGUGUGUAAUAAAGAAAACAGUUAAAAACUACUAUAAAUAUCCUUUUUACUCCUGGCCUGUCAUUGUUUUUGCAUAGAUAAAAGCAUGCAACUGCAGCCCUGAAGAGACGAAUGUUGGCAUGCAUGCUCACGUUAUUGUCAUAAACUGGAUACAUAAUAGGUUAUUGGCAGCAUAACUGAACUCGGAGUUUGAAUGUUUCUGCAGGAAAUAUGCUGAGGGAGCAAAUUGCAGGCUCCAUAACUAAAUAUGGGGAUUCAGUGUCAUGAGUCUUCCCUGCCGAAAUAUGUAAAUGAGCCAUAAAAAGGGAAAAAAAUUUAAAUAGCACAAU